AAACCAAACAAACAUCGAGAAGCUCACACACUGGCUGCAGAACUGGGACAACCGCCACAUCAAGGGCAUGAAAGUGGCACCGCUCAAGUCCUCCGGCAGAGGCAACAAAGCAGACGACUCGGAUAAGAAGGCUGUGCUGCUCACCGGCCCACCCGGCAUAGGUAAGACUACCAUGGCUACGCUGGUCGCCAAGAGUCUCGGGUUUGAGCCCAUUGAGAUGAACGCCUCAGACGUACGCAGCAAAAGCUCGCUCAAAGAGGUUGUACGCGAAAUACUGUCUAGCAAAACCAUCUCACAGUUCUAUGGGGACAGCAACCAAGGCCAAAGCCACCAAGCAUCUCCUGAUCAUGGACGAGGUGGAUGGCAUGUCAGCCGGCGACAGGGGCGGAGUGACAGAAUUGAAUCAGUUAAUCAAGAUCACCAAAGUGCCCAUCAUCUGCAUGUGCAACGACAACGGAACACAGAAAAUGCGGUCGCUUACACCCAACUGCUACGACCUCAAGAUUACACGCCCCACCGCUAUGCAAAUCAAGGGUAAAUUCAUGAGCAUAUGUUUCAAAGAAGGACUCAAAAUCGAACCCAAUGCCCUGGAGGAGCUCAUCACAUCCACCCAGAACGAUCUACGGCAGAUUCUGAAUCAACUGUCGGUGUGGAGUUUAGACAAUGAGAAAAUCACAUACAACAGCGCCAAAGAAGGUAUCAGGAAGGCGCAUAAGGACACUGUAACGUCCAUGAACGCGUUUGAUUGUGUGCGAAAAGUGUACAACCCAGAAGAAGCACGCAAGAUGACCAUAGACGACCGUCUGCGCCACUUCUUUGUGGACGAUAUCAUCCCGUUGAUGUCUCAGGAGAAUUAUCUGGCGCACGAGCCUCAAUUGGCUGGAACAGGCGUUAAUGGAUUGAAGGAGCAAGAGGCGAAAGCUAUGUACUUGGCCAG